GGACGGGGAGAAAGGGGAGGAGAAUGGAGCUCUCCUUAUGAUCGCGUAGUGGGAGUAAGAAUCAGCAGCCCGAGCAGGGAGUACGGACGGGACGGGAGUGAGAGGCAGAGCGAGGGUGUGUGGAGGGCCGGCGGGGACCGCUGGGAGCGCGCGGAUGUCGGUGUUUCUGCGGCCAGGGAUGCCCUCUGCAUCUUUAUUAGUAAAUCUUCUUUCAGCUUUACUCAUCCUGUUUGUGUUUGGAGAAACAGAAAUAAGAUUUACUGGACAAACUGAAUUUGUUGUUAAUGAAACAAGUACAACAGUUAUUCGUCUUAUCAUUGAAAGGAUAGGAGAGCCAGCAAAUGUUACUGCAAUUGUAUCGCUGUAUGGAGAGGACAGUGGUGACUUUUUUGAUACAUAUGCUGCAGCUUUUAUACCUGCUGGAGAAACAAACAGAACAGUGUACAUAGCAGUAUGUGAUGAUGACUUACCAGAGCCUGAUGAAACUUUUAUUUUUCACUUAACAUUACAGAAACCUUCAGCAAAUGUGAAGCUCGGAUGGCCAAGGACUGUUACUGUGACAAUAUUAUCAAAUGACAAUGCAUUUGGAAUUAUUUCAUUUAAUAUGCUUCCCUCAGUCACAGUGAGUGAGCCCAGGGGCAGAAACGAGUCCGUGCCUCUUACUCUCAUCAGGGAAAAGGGAACCUAUGGAAUGGUCAUGGUGACUUUUGAGGUAGAGGGUGGCCCAAAUUCCCCUGAUGAAGAUUUGAGUCCAGUUAAAGGAAAUAUCACCUUUCCCCCUGGCAGAGCAACAGUAAUUUAUAACUUGACAGUACUCGACGAUGAGGUACCAGAAAAUGAUGAAGUAUUUUUAGUUCAACUGAAAAGUGUAGAAGGAGGAGCUGAGAUAAACACCUCUAGAAAUUCAGUUGAAAUCAUCAUUAAGAAAAAUGAUAGUCCCGUGAGAUUCCUUCAGAGUAUUUAUUUGGUUCCUGAGGAAGACCACAUACUCGUAAUUCCAGUAGUUCGUGGAAAGGACAACAAUGGAAAUCUGAUUGGAUCUGAUGAAUAUGAGGUUUCAAUCAGUUAUGCUAUCGCAACUGGGAAUUCCACAGCACAUGCCCAGCAAAAUCUGGACUUCAUUGAUCUUCAGCCAAACACAACUGUUGUUUUUCCACCUUUUAUUCAUGAAUCUCACUUGAAAUUUCAAAUAGUUGAUGACAUCAUACCAGAGAUUGCUGAAUCGUUUCACAUUAUGUUACUAAAAGAUACCUUACAGGGAGAUGCUGUGCUAAUAAGCCCUUCUGUUGUACAAGUCACCAUUAAGCCAAAUGAUAAACCUUAUGGAGUCCUUUCACUCAACAGUGUUUUGUUUGAAAGGAUAGUUAUAAUUGAUGAAGAUAGAAUAUCAAGAUUUGAAGAAAUCACAGUGGUUAGAAAUGGCGGUACCCAUGGGAACGUCUCUGUGAAUUGGGUGUUGACACGGAACAGCAGUGAUCCCUCACCAGUAACAGCAGAUAUCACACCAAGCUCUGGAGUUCUCCAUUUUGCACAAGGGCAGAUGUUGGCAACAGUUCCUCUUACUGUAGUUGAUGAUGAUUUUCCAGAAGAGGCAGAAGCUUAUCUACUUCAAAUUCUGCCUCACACAAUCCUAGGAGGUGCAGAAGUGAGCGAGCCAGCAGAGCUUUUGUUCUACAUUCAGGAUAGUGAUGAUGUCUAUGGCCUAAUAACAUUUUUUCCUAUGGAAAACCAGAAGAUUGAAAGCAGCCCAGGUGAACGACACUUAUCCUUGAGUUUUACAAGACUAGGAGGGACUAAAGGAGAUGUGAGGCUGCUUUAUUCUGUACUUUACAUUCCUGCUGGAGCUGUGGACCCCUUGCAAGCAAAAGAUGGCAUCUUAAAUAUAUCGAGGAGAAAUGACCUCACUUUUCCAGAGCAAAAAACUCAAGUCACUACAAAAUUACCAAUAAGAAAUGAUGCAUUCCUUCAAAAUGGAGCUCACUUUCUAGUACAGUUGGAAACUGUGGAGUUGUUGAACAUAAUUCCCCCAAUCCCACCCAUAAGCCCUAGAUUUGGGGAAAUCUGCAAUAUUUCUUUACUGGUUACUCCAACCAUUGCAAAUGGAGAAAUUGGCCUUCUUAGCAAUCUUCCAAUUAUUUUGCAUGAACCAGAAGAUUUUGCUGCUGAAGUGGUAUACAUUCCCUUACAUCGGGAUGGAACUGAUGGCCAGGCUACUGUCUACUGGAGCUUGAAGCCCUCUGGCUUUAAUUCAAAAGCAGUGACCCCAGAUGAUAUAGGUCCCUUUAAUGGCUCUGUUUUGUUUUUAUCUGGGCAAAGUGACACAACAAUCAACAUUACUGUCAAAGGUGAUGACAUACCGGAAAUGAAUGAAACUGUAACACUUUCUCUAGACAGGGUUAACGUGGAAAACCAAGUGCUGAAAUCUGGAUAUACUAGCUGUGACCUAAUUAUUUUGGAAAAUGAUGAUCCUGGGGGAGUUUUUGAAUUUUCUCCUGCUUCCAGAGGACCCUAUGUUAUAAAAGAAGGGGAAUCUGUAGAGCUCCACAUCAUCCGAUCGAGGGGGUCCCUUGUUAAGCAGUUUCUACACUACCGAGUAGAGCCAAGAGAUAGCAAUGAAUUCUAUGGAAACAUGGGAGUACUAGAAUUUAAACCUGGAGAAAGGGAGAUAGUGAUCACCUUGCUAGCAAGAUUGGAUGGGAUACCAGAGUUGGAUGAACACUAUUGGGUGGUCCUCAGCAGCCAUGGAGACCGGGAAAGCAAGUUGGGAAGUGCCAUCAUUGUCAAUAUAACGAUUCUGAAAAAUGAUGAUCCUCAUGGGAUUAUAGAAUUUGUUUCUGAUGGUCUAAUUGUGAUGAUAAAUGAAAGCAAAGGAGAUGAUAUCUAUAGUGCUGUUUAUGAUGUAGUAAGAAAUCGAGGCAACUUUGGUGAUGUUACUGUAUCAUGGCUGGUCAGUCCAGACUUUACACAAGAUGUAUUUCCUGUACAAGGGACGAUUGUCUUUGGAGAUCAGGAAUUUUCAAAAAAUAUUACCAUUUACUCCCUUCCAGAUGAGAUUCCAGAAGAAAUGGAAGAAUUUACCGUUCUCUUACUGAAUGCCACUGGAGGAGCUAAAGUGGGAAAUAGAACAACUGCAACUCUGAGAAUUAGAAGAAAUGAUGACCCCAUUUAUUUUGCAGAACCUCGUGUAGUGAGGGUUCAGGAAGGUGAGACUGCCAACUUUACAGUUCUCAGAAAUGGAUCUGUUGAUGUGACUUGCACGGUCCAGUACGCUACCAUGGAUGGGAAGGCUACUGCACGAGAGAGAGAUUUCAUUCCUGUUGAAAAAGGAGAAAUGCUCAUUUUUGAGGUUGGAAGUAGAGAGCAGAGCAUAUCCAUAUUUGUUAAUGAAGAUGGUAUCCCAGAAAUGGAUGAGUCCUUUUAUAUAAUCCUCUUUAAUUCAACAGGUAAGAUUUUGAGGCACCGAGGAUGCUUUGGUAGUGUUUCUGUAUCUUGGCAGCUCUUUCAGAAUGAUUCUGCUUUGCAGCCUGGACAGGAGUUCUAUGUAACUUCAGGAACUGUUAACUUCAUGGAUGGAGAAGAAGCAAAACCAAUCGUUCUCCAUGCUUUUCCAGAUAAAAUUCCUGAAUUCAAUGAAUUUUAUAUUCUAAAACUUGUAAACAUUUCAGGUGGAUCCCCAGGUCCUGGGGGCCAACUAGCAGAAACCAACCUCCAGGUGACAGUAAUGAUUCCAUUCAAUGAUGAUCCUUUUGGGGUUUUCAUCUUGGAUCCAGAGUGUUUAGAGAGAGAAGUGGCAGAAGAUGUCCUGUCUGAAGAUGAUAUGUCUUAUAUUACCAACUUCACCAUUUUGAGGCAACAGGGUGUAUUUGGUGAUGUACGACUGGGCUGGGAAAUACUGUCCAGUGAGUUCCCUGCUGGUUUGCCACCAAUGAUAGAUUUUUUACUGGUUGGAAUUUUCCCCACCACUGUGCAUUUACAACAGCACAUGCGGCGUCACCAUAGUGGAACGGAUGCUUUGUACUUCACCGGACUAGAGGGUGCAUUUGGGACUGUUAAUCCAAAAUAUCAUCCCUUCAGGAAUGAUACAAUUGCCAGCUUUACAUUCUCAGCUUGGGUAAUGCCCAAUGCCAAUACGAAUGGAUUCAUUAUAGCGAAGGAUGAUGGUAAUGGAAGCAUCUACUAUGGCGUAAAAAUUCAAAGUAAUGAAUCCCAUGUGACACUUUCCCUUCAUUAUAAAACCCUGGGUUCCAAUGCUACAUACAUUGCCAAGGCAACAGUCAUGAAAUAUUUAGAAGAAAGUAUGUGGCUUCAUCUACUGAUUAUCCUGGAUGAUGGCAUAAUCGAAUUCUACCUGGAUGGAAAUGCAAUGCCCAGGGGAAUCAAGAGUCUGAAAGGAGAAGCCAUUACUGAUGGUCCUGGAAUACUGAGAAUUGGAGCAGGGAUAAAUGGCAAUGACAGAUUUACAGGUCUGAUGCAGGAUGUGAGGUCCUAUGAGCGGAAACUGACACUUGAAGAAAUUUAUGAACUUCAUGCCAUGCCCGCAAAAAGUGAUUUACACCCCGUUUCUGGAUAUCUGGAGUUCAGACAGGGAGAAACUAACAAAUCAUUCAUUAUUUCUGCGAGAGAUGACAAUGAUGAGGAAGGAGAAGAAUUAUUCAUUCUUAAACUAGUCUCUGUAUAUGGAGGAGCUUGUAUUUCUGAAGAAAAUACUACUGCAAGAUUAAUAAUACAAAAAAGUGACAAUGCAAAUGGCUUGUUUGGUUUCACAGGAGCUUGUAUACCAGAGAUUGCAGAGGAGGGAUCAACCAUUUCUUGUGUGGUUGAGAGAACCAGAGGAGCUCUGGAUUAUGUGCAUGUAUUUUACACCAUCUCACAGAUUGAAACUGAUGGCAUUAAUUACCUUGUUGAUGACUUUGCUAAUGCCAGUGGAACUAUCACAUUCCUUCCUUGGCAGAGAUCAGAGGUUCUGAAUAUAUAUGUCCUUGAUGAUGAUAUUCCUGAACUUAAUGAGUAUUUCCGUGUGACGUUGGUUUCUGCAAUUCCUGGAGAUGGGAAGCUAGGCUCAACUCCUACCAGUGGUGCAAGCAUAGAUCCUGAAAAGGAAACGACCGAUAUCACCAUCAAAGCUAGUGAUCAUCCAUAUGGCUUGCUGCAGUUCUCCACAGGGCUGCCUCCUCAGCCUGAGGACACAAUGACCCUGCCUGCAAGCAGUGUUCCACAUAUCACUGUGCAGGAGGAAGAUGGAGAAAUCAAGUUAUUGGUCAUCCGUGCACAGGGACUUCUGGGAAGGGUGACUGCGGAAUUUAGAACAGUGUCCUUGACAGCAUUCAGUCCUGAGGAUUACCAGAAUGUUGCUGGCACAUUAGAAUUUCAGCCAGGAGAAAGAUAUAAAUACAUUUCUGUAAACAUCACUGAUAAUUCUAUUCCUGAACUGGAAAAAUCUUUUAAAGUUGAGUUGUUAAAUUUGGAAGGAGGAGUAGCUGAACUCUUUAGGGUUGAUGGAAGUGGUAGUGGUGAUGGGGACAUGGAAUUCCUCCUUCCAACUAUUCACAAACAUGCCAGUCGAGGAGUGGCUUCCCAAAUUCUAGUGACAAUUGCAGCCUCUGACCAUGCUCAUGGCGUAUUUGAAUUUAGCCCUGAGUCACUCUUUGUCAGUGGAACUGAACCAGAAGAUGGGUAUAGCACUGUUAUAUUAAACGUUAUAAGACAUCAUGGAACUCUGUCUCCAGUGACUUUGCAUUGGAACAUAGACUCUGAUCCUGAUGGUGAUCUUGCCUUCACCUCUGGCAACAUCACAUUUGAGAUUGGGCAGACCAGCGCCAAUAUCACUGUGGAGAUAUUGCCUGACGAAGACCCAGAACUGGAUAAGGCAUUCUCUGUGUCAAUCCUCAGUGUUUCCAGUGGUUCUUUGGGAGCUCAUGUUAAUGCCACAUUAACAGUUUUGGCUAGUGAUGAUCCACAUGGGGUAUUCAUUUUUUCUGAGAAAAACAGACCUGUUAAAGUCGAGGAAGCAACCCAGAACAUCACACUAUCAAUAAUAAGGUUGAAAGGCCUCAUGGGAAAAGUCCUUGUCUCAUAUGCAACACUAGAUGAUAUGGAAAAACCACCUUAUUUUCCACCUAAUUUAGCGAGAGCAACUCAAGGAAGAGACUAUAUACCAGCUUCUGGAUUUGCUCUUUUUCGAGCUAAUCAGAGUGAGGCAACAAUAGCUAUUUCAAUUUUGGAUGAUGAUGAGCCAGAAAGGUCCGAAUCUGUCUUUAUCGAACUACUCAACUCUACUUUAAUGGCAAAAGUACAGAGUCGUUCAAGUGAAGAUUAUAGUAUAGCUUCAUCAGAUGUGGUCUUGCUAGAAGGGGAAACCAGUAAAGCUGUGCCAAUAUAUAUCAUUAAUGAUAUCUAUCCUGAACUGGAAGAAUCUUUUCUUGUGCAACUGCUGAAUGAAACAACGGGAGGAGCCAGACUAGGGGCUUUGACAGAGGCAGUCAUUAUUAUUGAGGCCUCUGAUGACCCCUAUGGAUUAUUUGGUUUUCAGAUUACUAACCUUAUUGUAGAGGAACCUGAGUUUAACUCAGUGAAGGUAAACCUGCCAAUAAUUCGAAAUUCUGGGACACUCGGCAAUGUUACUGUUCAGUGGGUUGCCACUAUUAAUGGACAGCUUGCUACUGGCGACCUGCGAGUUGUCUCAGGUAAUGUGACCUUUGCCCCUGGGGAAACCAUUCAAACCUUGUUGUUAGAGGUCCUGGCUGACGACGUUCCGGAGAUUGAAGAGGUUAUCCAAGUGCAACUAACUGAUGUCUCUGGUGGAGGUACUAUUGGGUUAGAUCGAAUUGCAAAUAUUAUUAUUCCUGCCAAUGAUAAUCCCUAUGGUGCAGUAGCCUUUGUUCAGAAGGUUUAUCGUGUUCAAGAGCCUCUGGAAAGAAGUUCCUGUGCUAACAUAACUGUCAGGCGAAGCGGAGGGCACUUUGGUCAGCUGUUGUUGUUCUACAGUACUUCCGACAUUGAUGUAGUGGCUCUGGCAAUGGAGGAAGGUCAAGAUUUACUGUCCUACUAUGAAUCACCAAUUCAAGGGGUGCCUGACCCAUUUUGGAGAACUUGGGUGAAUGUCUCUGUCGGUGGGGAGCCCCAGUAUACCUGUGCCACUUUGUGCCUUAAAGAACAAGCUUGCUCAGCGUUUUCAUUUUUCAGUGCUUCUGAGGGUCCCCAGUGUGUCUGGAUGACAUCAUGGAUCAGCCCAGCUGUCAACAGUUCAGACUUUUGGACCUACAGGAAAAACAUGACCAGGGUAGCAUCUCUUUUUAGUGGUCAGGCUGUGGCUGGGAGUGACUAUGAGCCUGUGACAAGGCAAUGGGCCAUAAUGCAGGAAGGUGAUGAAUUCGCAAAUCUCACAGUGUCUAUUCUUCCUGAUGAUUUCCCAGAGAUGGAUGAGAGUUUUCUGAUUUCUCUCCUUGAAGUUCACCUCAUAAACAUUUCAACCAGUUUGAAAAAUCAGCCAACCAUAGGCCAGCCAAAUACUUCCACAGUUGUCAUAGCACUGAAUGGUGAUGCCUUUGGAGUGUUUGUGAUCUACAGUAUUAGUCCCAAUACUUCCGAAGAUGGCUUAUUUGUUGAAAUUCAGGAGCAGCCCCAAACCUUGGUGGAGAUGAUGAUACACAGGACAGGGGGCAGCUUAGGUCAAGUGGCAGUCGAAUGGCGUGUUGUUGGUGGAACGGCUACUGAAGGUUUAGAUUUUAUAGGUGCUGGAGAGAUUCUGACCUUUGCUGAAGGUGAAACCAAAAAGACAGUCAUUUUAACCAUCUUGGAUGACUCUGAACCAGAGGAUGACGAAAGCAUCAUAGUUAGUUUGGUGUACACUGAAGGCGGAAGCAGAAUUUUGCCAAGCUCCGACACCGUUAGAGUGAACAUUUUGGCCAAUGACAAUGUGGCAGGAAUUGUUAGCUUUCAGACAGCUUCCAGAUCUGUCAUAGGUCAUGAAGGAGAAAUUUUGCAAUUCCAUGUAAUAAGAACUUCCCCUGGUCGAGGAAAUGUUACUGUUAACUGGAAAAUUAUUGGGCAAAAUCUAGAACUCAAUUUUGCUAACUUUAGCGGACAACUCUUCUUUCCUGAGGGGUCGUUGAAUACAACAUUGUUUGUGCAUUUGUUGGAUGACAACAUUCCUGAGGAGAAAGAAGUAUACCAAGUCAUUCUGUAUGAUGUCAGGACACAAGGAGUUCCACCAGCAGGAAUCGCCCUGCUUGAUGCUCAAGGAUAUGCAGCUGUCCUCACAGUAGAAGCCAGUGAUGAACCACAUGGAGUUUUAAAUUUUGCUCUUCCAUCAAGAUUUGUGUUACUACAAGAGGCUAACAUAACAAUUCAGCUUUUCAUCAACAGAGAAUUUGGAUCUCUAGGAGUUAUCAAUGUCACAUAUACCACGGUUCCUGGAAUGCUGAGUCUGAAGAACCAAACAGUAGGAAACCUAGCAGAGCCAGAAGUUGAUUUUGUCCCCGUCAUUGGCUUUCUGAUUUUAGAAGAAGGGGAAACAGCAGCAGCCAUCAACAUUACCAUUCUUGAGGAUGAUAUACCAGAGCUAGAAGAGUAUUUCCUGGUGAAUUUAACUUAUGUUGAACUUAUCAUGGCUGCUUCAACUUCAUUUCCUCCCAGACUAGAUUCAGAAGGUUUGACUGCACAAAUUAUCAUCGAUGCCAAUGAUGGGGCCCGAGGUGUAAUUGAAUGGCAACAUAGCAGGUUUGAAGUAAAUGAAACCCAUGGAAGUUUAACAUUGGUAGCCCAGAGGAGCAGAGAAGCUCUUGGCCAUGUUUCCUUAUUUGUGUAUGCUCAGAAUUUGGAAGCACAACUGGGGCUGGAUUAUAUCUUCACCCCAAUGAUUCUUCAUUUUGCUGAUGGAGAAAGGUAUAAAAAUGUCAAUAUCAUGAUUCUUGAUGAUGACAUUCCAGAAGGAGAUGAAAAAUUUCAGCUGAUUUUAACAAAUCCUUCUCCUGGACUAGAGCUAGGGAAAAAUACAAUAGCCUUAAUUAUUGUCCUUGCUAAUGAUGAUGGCCCUGGAGUUCUAUCAUUUAACAACAGUGAGCACUUUUUCCUAAGAGAGCCAACAGCUCUCUACGUCCAGGAGAGUGUUGCAGUGUUGUACAUUAUUCGGGAACCUGCACAAGGAUUGUUUGGAACAGUGACAGUUCAGUUCAUUGUGACAGAAGUGAAUUCCUCAAAUGAAUCUAAAGAUCUGACUCCUUCCAAAGGCUAUAUUGUUUUAGAAGAAGGUAUUCGAUUCAAGGCCUUACACAUAUCUGCCAUAUUAGACACGGAACCAGAAAUGGAUGAGUAUUUUGUUUGCACCUUGUUUAAUCCAACUGGAGGUGCUAGACUAGGGGCACGUGUUCAAACCCUGAUAACAGUUUUGCAAAACCAGGCCCCUUUGGGGCUAUUCAGUAUCUCUGCAGUUGAAAAUAGCGCCACCUCCAUAGACAUCGAAGAAGCCAACAGGACCGUGUAUUUAAAUGUAUCUCGAACUAAUGGCAUUGGUUUGGCUGUGAGUGUGCAGUGGGAGACAGUAUCUGAAACAGCUUUUGGCAUGAGGGGAAUGGAUGUUGUGUUUUCCGUAUUUCAAAGUUUUUUGGAUGAAUCAGCUUCUGGCUGGUGUUUCGUUACUUUGGAAAAUUUAAUAUAUGGUAUAAUGUUAAGAAAAUCAUCUGUUACUGUUUACCGAUGGCAGGGGAUUUUUAUUCCAGUUGAGGAUUUAAAUAUAGAAAAUCCUAAAACUUGUGAGGCCUUUAAUAUCGAUUUUUCUCCCUACUUUGUGAUUACUCAUGAAGAAAGAAAUGAAGAAAAGCCUUCUCUUAACAGUGUGUAUACAUUCACGUCUGGAUUUAAAUUAUUCCUGGUACAAACAAUUGUUAUUCUGGAAAGUUCUCAAGUAAGAUAUUUUACUUCAGACAGCCAAGAUUAUUUAAUCAUUGCAAGUCAAAGAGAUGAUUCUGAAUUAACUCAGGUCUUCAGGUGGAAUGGAGGAAGCUUCGUGUUGCAUCAAAAACUCCCUGUCCGAGGUGUGCUGACCAUGGUCUUGUUCAACAAGGAAGACUCUGUGUUCUUAGCCAUUUCCCAGGCUAAUGCCAGGCUAAACUCCCUUUUAUUCAGAUGGUCUGGCAUUGGGUUUAUUAACUUUCAAGAGGUGCCUGUCAGUGGGACAACACAAGUUGAGGCUUUGUCUUCAGCCAAUGAUAUUUAUUUAAUAUUUGCCAAAAAUGUUUUUCUAGGAGAUCAGAAUUCAAUUGAUAUUUUCGUCUGGGAGAUGGGGCAGUCUUCCUUCAGGUAUUUUCAGUCCCUAGAUUUUGCUGCUGUUAACAGAAUCCACUCCUUCACACCAGCCUCAGGAAUAGCCCACAUACUUCUUAUUGGCCAAGAUAUGUCUGCUCUUUACUGCUGGAAUUCAGAGCUUAAUCAGUUCUCUUUUGUUCUGGAAGUAACUUCUGCUUAUGGUGUGGCUUCUGUUACAGUAAAGUCCCUUAAUUCAAGCAAGAAUUUAAUAGCUCUAGUGGGAGUUCAUUCACAUAUAUAUGAGCUAGCCUACAUUUCCAGCCAUUCUGACUUUAUUCCUAGUUCAGGUGAACUGAUAUUUGAACCGGGUGACAGAGAAGCUACAAUAGCAGUAAAUAUCCUUGAUGAUACAGUUCCAGAAAAAGAAGAAUCCUUCAAAGUUCAACUUAAAAAUCCCAAAGGAGGAGCAGAGAUUGGUAUUAAUGAUUCUGUAACAAUAACCAUUCUGUCUAAUGAUGAUGCCUAUGGAAUUGUUGCAUUUGCUCAGAAUUCAUUAUAUAAGCAAGUGGAAGAAAUGGAGCAAGAUAGCCUAGUAACCUUGAAUGUUGAACGCUUGAAAGGAACAUAUGGUCGUAUAACCGUAGCAUGGGAAGCUGAUGGAAGUAUUAGUGAUAUAUUUCCUACCUCAGGAGUGAUUUCAUUUACUGAAGGCCAGGUACUGUCAACAAUCACUCUGACUAUUCUUGCUGAUAAUAUACCAGAGUUAUCAGAGGUUGUGAUUGUAACCCUCACCCGUAUCACUACAGAAGGGGUUGAGGACUCAUACAAAGGUGCUACUAUUGAUCAGGACAGAAGCAAGUCUGUUAUAACAACUUUGCCCAGUGACUCACCUUUUGGCUUGGUGGGCUGGCAUGCUGUGUCUGUCUUCAUUAGGGUAGCAGAGCCUAAAGAAAACACCACCACUCUUCAGUUACAAAUAGCUCGAGAUAAAGGACUACUUGGGGAUAUUGCCAUUCACUUGAGAGCUAAACCCAAUUUCUUACUGCAUGUCGAUAAUCAAGCUACUGAGAAUGAAGAUUAUAUAUUGCAAGAAACAAUAAUCAUAAUGAAAGAAAACGUAAAAGAAGCUCAUGCCAAAGUUUCCAUUUUGCCGGAUGACAUUCCUGAAUUGGAGGAAGGAUUUAUUGUCACUAUCACUGAGGUGAACCUGGUGAACUCUGACUUCUCUGCAGGACAGCCAAGUGUGCGGAGGCCUGGAAUGGAAGUAGCUGAGAUAAUGAUUGAAGAAAAUGACGAUCCCAGAGGAAUUUUUAUGUUUCAUGUUACUAGAGGCGCUGGUGAAGUUAUUACUGCCUAUGAAGUGCCUCCACCCUUGAACGUUCUUCAAGUUCCUGUAGUCCGGCUGGCUGGAAGCUUUGGGGCAGUAAAUGUUUAUUGGAAAGCAUCACCAGACAGUGCUGGCCUGGAAGACUUUAAACCAUCUCAUGGGAUUCUUGAAUUUGCAGAUAGACAAGUUACUGCAGUGAUAGAAAUGACCAUAAUUGAUGAUGCUGAAUUUGAAUUGACAGAGACUUUCAAUAUUUCCUUGAUCAGUGUUGCUGGAGGUGGCAGACUUGGUGAUGAUGUUGUGGUAACUGUUGUUAUUCCACAAAAUGAUUCUCCAUUUGGAGUAUUUGGAUUUGAAGAAAAGACAGUAAUGAUUGAUGAAUCCCUUUCAUCUGAUAACCCAGAUUCAUAUGUGACAUUGACGGUUGUCCGGUCCCCAGGAGGAAAAGGAACCGUACGACUUCAGUGGACCAUAGAUGAGAAGGCUAAACAUGACCUUAGUCCUUUGAAUGGGACCCUUCAUUUUGAUGAGACUGAGUCCCAGAAGACCAUUGUGUUGCACACACUUCAAGACACAGUGUUGGAGGAGGACAGGCGUUUCACCAUUCAGCUGAUAUCAAUUGAUGAGGCAGAAAUAUCUCCAGUAAAAGGUAGUGCAUCAAUAAUUAUUCGGGGUGAUAAGCGAGCAUCAGGAGAAGUUGGGAUAGCUCCGUCAUCUAGGCACAUCCUCAUCGGGGAACCCUCAGCAAAAUAUAAUGGUACCGCUAUUAUCAGCCUUGUUCGUGGCCCAGGAAUUCUGGGGGCGGUCACAGUGUUCUGGAGGAUAUUCCCUCCUUCCAUGGGGGAAUUUGCUGAAACAUCAGGAAAACUGACAAUGCGAGAUGGACAGUCUGCAGUCAUUGUAGUAAUACAGGCUUUGAACGAUGACAUUCCCGAGGAAAAAAGCUUCUAUGAGUUUCAGCUCACUGCCAUCAGUGAGGGAGGAGUUCUGAGUGAAUCCAGCAGCACUGCCAACAUCACGAUGGUGGCCAGCGACUCUCCCUAUGGCCGAUUUGCCUUUUCACAUGAGCAACUUCGAGUGUCAGAAGCACAGAGGGUUAACAUCACAAUUAUCCGUUCCGGUGGAGCUUUUGGCCGCGUGCGACUCUGGUACGAGUCGAUGAGCGGAACAGCGGAAGCAGGCUUGGAUUUUGUUCCUGCCGCCGGGGAACUCCUCUUUGAAGCAGGGGAGAUGAGGAAAAGUCUGCAAGUUGAAAUCCUUGAUGAUGACCAUCCUGAAGGCCCAGAGGAAUUUUCUCUAACAAUUACAAAGGUGGAACUCCAGGGAAGAGGGUAUGAUUUUACCAUCCAAGAAAAUGGACUUCAGAUAGAUCAACCUCCUGAAAUAGAAAACAUCUCCAUUGUUCGAAUCAUGAUAAUGAAAAAUGAUAACGCAGAAGGCAUCAUUGAAUUUGACCCGAAGUAUACUGCCUUCGAAGUGGAGGAAGAUGUUGGGCUGAUCAUGAUUCCAGUGGUGAGGCUACAUGGAACUUAUGGCUAUGUGACAGCUGAUUUCAUCUCUCAGAGCUCCUCUGCCAGUCCUGGAGGUGUUGAUUACAUUUUGCAUGACAGUACAGUCACCUUUCAGCAUGGGCAAAAUUUAAGUUUUAUAAAUAUCUCCAUCAUUGAUGACAAUGAAAGUGAAUUUGAGGAGCCCAUUGAAAUUCUACUCACUGGAGCUACUGGAGGAGCGGUCCUUGGGCGCCACCUAGUGAGCAGAAUUAUAAUAGCCAAGAGUGACUCUCCCUUUGGCGUUGUAAGGUUUCUCAAUCAAAGCAAAAUUUCUGUUCCUAAUCCCAAUUCCACAAUGAUUUUAUCACUGGUUCUGGAGCGGACUGGAGGACUCUUGGGAGAGAUUCAGGUGAACUGGGAGAUAGUAGGACCCAACUCUCAAGAAGCCUUACUGCCACAGAAUGGAGACAUUGCAGACCCAGUGAGCGGGCUCUUCUCUUUUAGAGAAGGAGAAGGCGGAGUGAGAACCAUAAUUCUGACAAUCUAUCCUCAUGAAGAAAUUGAAGUUGAAGAGACGUUCAUUAUUAAACUUCAUCUUGUGAAAGGAGAAGCUAAAUUAGACUCCAGAGCUAAAGAUAUUACAUUAACCAUACAAAAGUUUGGUGACCCAAACGGAGUUGUUCAGUUUGCUCCUGAGACUUUGUCUAAGAAGACUUAUUCGGAGCCUCUGGCUCUGGAAGGGCCCCUGCUCAUUACCUUCUUUGUCAGAAGAGUCAAGGGCACCUUUGGAGAGAUUACGGUCUACUGGGAAUUAAGUAGUGAGUUUGACAUUACUGAAGACUUUCUUUUCACCAAUGGAUUUUUCGCCAUUGCUGAUGGAGAGAGUGAAGCUAGCUUUGGUGUUCAUUUGCUACCAGAUGAGGUACCUGAGAUAGAGGAAGAUUAUAUGAUCCAGCUUGUUUCUGUAGAGGGAGGAGCAGAACUGGACCUGGAGAAAAGUAUUACAUGGUUCUCUGUUUAUGCAAAUGAUGACCCACAUGGAAUAUUUGCCCUGUAUUCUGAUCGCCAGUCAAUACUUAUUGGGCAGAACCUUAUUAGAUCCAUCCAAAUUAACAUAACCCGGCUUGCUGGAACAUUUGGAGAUGUGGCUGUUGGGCUUCGAAUAUCAUCUGAUCAUAAAGAACAGCCGAUUGUUACUGAAAAUACGGAGAGGCAACUGGUGGUCAAAGAUGGUGCCACAUAUAAAGUGGACAUGGUGCCAAUAAAGAAUCAGGUCUUCCUAUCACUGGGCUCUAAUUUCACUUUGCAACUGGUGACUGUGAUGCUUGUCGGUGGACGUUUCUAUGGAAUGCCAACAAUUCUUCAGGAAGCAAAAUCUGCUGUCCUUUCAGUCUCUGAGAAAGCUGCCAAUUCUCAGGUCGGAUUUGACUCCACUGCUUUUCAACUCAUGAACAUCACUGCCGGCACAAGCCACGUUAUGAUUUCUAGGAGGGGCACAUAUGGUGCUCUGUCAGUUGCCUGGACCACUGGAUAUGCUCCUGGGUUAGAAAUUCCUGAAUUCAUUGUUGUUGGCAACAUGACCCCAACACUGGGGAGCCUUUCAUUUUCCCACGGUGAACAAAGGAAAGGAGUUUUCCUGUGGACGUUUCCCAGCCCUGGUCGGCCAGAGGCCUUUGUUCUUCAUCUAUCAGGAGUGCAGAGCAGCGCUCCUGGCGGAGCUCAACUCCGAUCAGGUUUCAUCGUUGCUGAAAUUGAACCAAUGGGCAUCUUCCAAUUUUCCAGUAGCUCAAGAAAUAUUAUGGUGUCAGAAGAUACACAGAUGAUCAGAUUACAUGUACAAAGACUAUUUGGGUUCCACAGCGAUCUUAUUAAAGUUUCUUAUCAGACCACUGCAGGAAGCGCCAAGCCACUGGAAGAUUUUGAGCCUGUUCAGAAUGGGGAACUGUUUUUUCAAAAAUUCCAAACUGAGGUUGAUUUUGAAAUAACCAUUAUUAAUGAUCAGCUUUCUGAGAUAGAAGAAUUCUUUUACAUUAACCUUACUUCAGUAGAAAUUAGGGGAUUACAAAAGUUUGAUGUUAGUUGGAGCCCACGCCUGAAUCUAGAUUUCAGUGUUGCAGUGAUCACAAUAUUGGAUAAUGAUGACCUGGCAGGAAUGGAUGUUUCCUUCCCCAUGACAACUGUGGCUGUAGCAGUUGACACAACUCUCAUUCCUGUAGAAACUGAAUCCACCACAUACUUCGGCACAAGCAAGACGACUACCAUUCUGCAGCCAACCAAUGUGGUUGCCAUUGUUACUGAGGCAACUGGUGUAUCUGCCAUCCCUGAGAAACUUGUCACCCUUCAUGGCACACCUGCUGUGUCUGAAAAGCCUGAUGUGGCCACGGUAACUGCCAAUGUUUCCAUUCAUGGAACAUUCAGCCUUGGGCCAUCCAUUGUUUACGUUGAAGAGGAGAUGAAGAAUGGCAUAUUCAACACUGCAGAAGUUCUUAUCCGAAGAACUGGUGGGUUUACUGGCAAUGUCAGCAUAACAGUUAAAACUUUCGGUGAAAGACAUGCUCAGAAGGAACCAAAUGCAUUGCCCUUUCAUGGUAUCUAUGGGAUUUCCAACCUAACGUGGGCAGUUGAAGAAGAAGACUUUGAAGAACAAACUCUUACCCUUAUAUUCUUAGAUGGAGAAAGAGAACGUAAAGUAUCAGUUCAAAUUUUGGAUGACGAUGAGCCCGAGGGGCAAGAGUUCUUCUAUGUGUUUCUCACAAACCCUCAAGGGGGAGCACAGAUUGUGGAGGGGAAGGAUGACACUGGAUUUGCAGCUUUUGCCAUGGUUAUUAUUACAGGGAGUGACCUUCACAAUGGCAUCAUAGGAUUCAGUGAGGAGUCCCAGAGUGGACUAGAACUCAGGGAAGGAGCUGAUAUGAGAAGAUUGCACCUUAUUGUCACAAGACAGCCAAACAGGGCCUUUGAAGAUGUCAAGGUCUUUUGGCGAGUCACACUUAACAAAACAGUUGUCGUGCUCCAGAAGGAUGGGGUAAACCUGGUGGAGGAACUUCGGUCUGUGUCAGGGACCACAACCUGUACAACGGGUCAAACGAAAUGCUUUAUCAGCAUUGAACUCAAACCAGAGAAGAUACCACAGGUUGAAGUGUAUUUUUUUGUGGAACUAUAUGAAGCUACCGCUGGAGCAGCAAUAAACAACAGCGCCAGAUUUGCACAGAUUAAAAUCUUACAAAGUGAUGAAUCUCAAAGCCUCGUGUAUUUUUCUGUGGGUUCUCGGCUGGCAGUGGCUCACAAGAAGGCCACUUUAAUCAGUCUGCAGGUGGCCAGAGAUUCUGGGACAGGACUAAUGAUGUCUGUUAACUUUAGUACCCAGGAGUUGAGGAGUGCUGAAACAAUUGGUCGUACUAUCAUAUCUCCAGCUAUUUCUGGGAAGGAUUUUGUGAUAACUGAAGGUACAUUGGUCUUUGAACCUGGCCAGAGAAGCACUGUAUUGGAUGUCAUCCUAACGCCAGAGACAGGAUCUUUAAAUUCUUUUCCUAAACGCUUCCAGAUUGUCCUUUUUGACCCAAAAGGUGGUGCCAGAAUUGAUAAAGUGUAUGGUACUGCCAACAUCACUCUUGUCUCAGACCCAGAUUCGCAGGCCAUUUGGGGGCUUGCAGAUCAGCUGCAUCAGCCCAUGAAUGAUGAUAUUCUCAACAGAGUGCUCCAUACCAUUAGCAUGAAAGUGGCCACAGAAAACACAGAUGAACAACUCAGUGCCAUGAUGCAUUUAAUAGAAAAGAUAACUACUGAAGGAAAAAAUCAAGCUUUCAGUGUUGCCAGCCGAACUCUUUUCUAUGAGAUUCUUUGUUCUCUUAUUAACCCAAAGCGCAAGGACACUAGGGGAUUCAGUCACUUUACUGAAGUGACUGAGAAUUUUGCCUUUUCUCUGCUGACUAAUGUUACUUGUGGCUCUCCUGGUGAAAAAGGCAAAACCAUCCUUGAUAGUUGCCCUUACUUGUCAAUAUUGGCUCUUCACUGGUAUCCUCAGCAAAUCAAUGGACACAAGUUUGAAGGAAAGGAAGGAGAUUACAUUCGAAUUCCAGAGAGGCUACUGGAUAUCCAGGAUGCAGAAAUAAUGGCUGGGAAAAGUACAUGUAAAUUAGUCCAGUUUACAGAGUAUAGCAGCCAACAGUGGUUUAUAAGUGGAAACAAUCUUCCUACCCUGAAAAAUAAGGUAUUAUCUUUGAGUGUGAAAGGUCAGAGUUCACAACUCCUGACUAAUGACAAUGAGGUUCUCUACAGGAUCCAUGCUGCUGAGCCGAGAAUUAUCCCUCAGACAUCUCUGUGUCUCCUUUGGAAUCAGGCUGCUGCUAGCUGGUUGUCUGACAGUCAAUUUUGCAAAGUGGUUGAGGAAACUGCAGACUAUGUGGAAUGUGCCUGUUCACACAUGUCUGUGUAUGCUGUCUAUGCUCAGACUGACAACUUGUCUUCAUACAAUGAAGCCUUCUUCACCUCUGGAUUUAUAUGUAUCUCAGGUCUUUGCUUGGCUGUUCUUUCCCAUAUCUUCUGUGCCAGGUACUCCAUGUUUGCAGCUAAACUUCUGACUCACAUGAUGGCAGCCAGCUUAUGUACACAGAUUCUGUUUCUGGCGUCUGCAUAUGCAAGUCCCCAACUCGCUGAGGAGAGCUGUUCAGCUGUGGCUGCUGUCACACAUUAUCUGUACCUUUGCCAGUUUAGCUGGAUGCUCAUUCAGUCUGUGAAUUUCUGGUACGUGCUGGUGAUGAAUGAUGAGCACACAGAGAGGCGAUAUCUGCUGUUUUUCCUUCUGAGUUGGGGACUACCAGCUUUUGUGGUGAUUCUCCUCAUAGUUAUUUUGAAAGGAAUCUAUCAUCAGAGCAUGUCACAGAUCUAUGGACUCAUUCAUGGUGACCUGUGUUUUAUUCCAAACGUCUAUGCUGCUUUGUUCACUGCAGCUCUUGUUCCUUUGAUGUGCCUUGUGGUAGUGUUCGUGGUGUUCAUCCAUGCCUACCAGGUGAAGCCACAGUGGAAAGCAUAUGACGAUGUCUUCAGAGGAAGGACAAAUGCUGCAGAAAUUCCACUGAUUUUAUAUCUCUUUGCUCUGAUUUCUGUGACAUGGCUUUGGGGAGGACUACACAUGGCCUACAGACACUUCUGGAUGUUGGUUCUCUUUGUCAUUUUCAACAGUCUGCAGGGACUUUAUGUUUUCGUGGUUUAUUUCAUUUUACACAACCAAACGUGUUGCCCUAUGAAGGCCAGUUACACUGUGGAAAUGAAUGGGCAUCCUGGACCCAGCACAGCCUUUUUCACGCCCGGGAGUGGAAUGCCUCCUGCUGGAGGGGAAAUCAGCAAGUCCACUCAGAAUCUCAUCAGUGCUAUGGAGGAGGUGCCACCUGACUGGGAGAGAGCAUCCUUCCAACAGGCCAGUCAGGCCAGCCCUGAUUUAAAGCCAAGUCCACAAAAUGGAGCCACAUUCCCAUCCUCUGGAGGAUAUGGCCAGGGGUCGCUGAUAGCUGAUGAGGAGUCCCAGGAGUUUGAUGAUUUGAUAUUUGCAUUGAAAACUGGUGCUGGUCUCAGUGUCAGUGACAAUGAAUCUGGUCAAGGCAGCCAGGAGGGGGGCACCUUGACUGACUCCCAGAUCGUGGAGCUCAGGAGGAUACCCAUCGCCGACACUCACCUCUAGCACCUCACUAACCAUUCGACUGAGCCCACUUUCAUAUUUGUAUCAGCUUUUGUGCUAAAACUCUCUAAGUACAUCCACCUGUGUAAUAGGAACCUGUGAAUUGUACUGGAUGAUUAACACAAAAGUGACUGUUGUAUUUGGAGUAUAAAUUACUGAUUGUGUGUGACCUGAAAAUUCACUGCUAUAAGAAAGAUGGAGUCAGUUUGUAUCAGUUAAUAGGAUGUUCAUAUUCCAAGAAUGUUAGUUGUUUUUUUAAAUCAUUCCUAUAUGGCUAACAUUGUUUAAUGAAAGUAAUGCUCAAUAAAGCAAUAGAAUCUAUUUGGUAUCAUCCAGCUUCAUUUUUCAUAAAGAAACAUUGUGCAUAGGCAAAAAAAGCUAACUCUAUAUGUAGAUGAUGACAGGCACCCUGUGCCAUCUUGCAUGAAUCCAGGUGAUCCAGAAUCAAGACUUCACUGCAGCUAGAAGACUUUAGUUCCUGAAAACUGUAAACUGGUCUGUCUGUUGAUGAUCCUGCACCUAAAUGUUGAUGGGAGUACUGAA